AUGACCGAUCCUGACCAGCCUACCUCGACUGUGUCGAUCCCGAGCAGUGUGUCUGCGUCUGCGAGCCCGUCUACGGCGGCCCUGCCGACUAAUUUGCCGGUCCGUAUAUACCCCUCGUCGCAGGCAGAGCCAACGGCGAUUGGCAGCGACUACACGCUCGUCAGCUUGCUGUACAAGUCGUCGCUUAACUGGGUCACCGUCGCGAACAACACCGAGUCGUCGGCACAGAUCUUCCAGUAUAUGCCAGUGGUCGUGGAGUAUGCGCUCAACCUGUCGUCGUCGCAAGUCCAGCAGUACGCCUUGCAGCCGUGGCAACCGUCCACUUACACAGGUCCCCAGGAUGAAGAUCAACUUCUGACCGUUUGGCUGGCUUAUAUUCCGUCGCAGAAUGUCACCAACCUCGCGGAACAGAUCAAGGUGUCCACGUCGCCCUUCUACACUGCGCUCAUCAGCCCGUACAGCACCCUCGCGGAACAAGUAGACCCGUCAUUCGCCGUCAAUUCCGUCACUAUCCCUAACGGAGACAACGGGAGUAGCGGUGGCACCGGUUCGAGCAGUAGUAAUGCUGCCAGCUCCAGUGGCUCGUCCUCGUCGAACACCCGCAAGGAUGCGAUCAUCGGCGUAGUCACCUCCCUUGGUGCCGUCACGCUCAUUGCACUCGCGUUCUUGUCCGUCCGCGCGAUCAAGAAGCGCAGGGAGCUCGCGCACCAGCGCUUGAACGAACCUGCGGACAUGUACGACGGCUCGCGCCCUGAUGGCCAGGAGUUCGACCGGGACAGUAUUGGUGGCCAACGCCGGCGUAGCUUCUAUUUCGCUGCGGACUCGCUGCGCGGGUUCUCCGAGGUCGCCAACACCGCAGCGACGUUUGACCAGCCCUCAUCGCCUGAUAGUGCCAUGCGCGAGCGCAGGGGUGUCAUGGCGGGAGCGAUCUCGACGCCGAUCCUGAGGGAGAACACGAUGAACUGGUAA